UUCAGACUGCCGAAGCCUCAGUGAACAGCUUCAGUGCUAACAUGCUAACAUGCUAACCCGGGAAUAUUUACGGGAGAAGAAACGGAGAAGCAAACAACGGAACCGGUAAAAAUAACAAAAAACUUCAGUGAGUGAAGACCCGCCGCAAAGACUGAUGGGAAACUGAGGAGAAAGUUAAAAAAAAAAAAACUUUUUAACUGUACCUGCUAGCCCGCUAACGACUAACCGAGCUGUUAGCACUUUAAAAGUUUGUUAGAGGUGAGAGAGGCCAGGAAUUAGACGGAUCCAUGACGGGGGAGGGAGUGCGACACUCCCCGAUCCUGUCCGCCCUGUUCGGCCUGACGGAGGAGAGCGAGCCGCUGGGAGCCGCGCAGGUCAUUAAAGAGCGUCUCUACUUCGCCACGUUACGCAGCAAACCCAAAAGCACCGCCAACACGCACUACUUCUGCACUGACGACGAGUUCCUCUACGAGAAUUUCUACGCAGACUUUGGUCCUCUGAACCUCGCCAUGUUGUACAGAUACUGCUGCAAACUCAACAAGAAGCUCAAG